AUGUGUGUUGAUCAAUUUUGUUUCCUUUAUGCAGAAAGAAGAACUGGAUGGUUGGGCCUAUAUAUGUUCAAUCAAUCAACUGUGCCUCAAUCCGAAACUAGUGAAUUUACUGGUAAAGGUAGGAUUUUUCUGUCUAUUUUGCAGAAUUCUGAUGAUUUUCCAGGUGCUACUAGUAGAGUGUAUUCUAGUGUUUCAGCUGUGUUCUCCGACUUGAUUGAUAUCCCUGGAGUUCUUGCCCGACAGUCUAGUAACUCUUCCUCUCUUCUUCCUAUCCGGCCUGAACGCUCAUUUUCUAAUGAAAAUGAAUCCAAGACCAAAGAUGUUGUUCCUGUUGAAGAUGCAAGUCAAAUUGAUCUGUUACGCAAGACACCUAGUUCAGUAGACAGCAAGCCACCUAUUAGUUCUGCUUCUGUUAUUGGAACUAGUGAGCAAGAAUUUAAUUUUCCCAUCUCAUCAAUACAUCCUAGACUACGAUACAAGCCUGCAAAUGUGCUUCGUCAUAGUCUUGGUAGUACAUUACGAGGAUUUGACUCAUUGGCUAAAGUAGACUCCAACAGUGUUAGUCCAAAUUCAAGUUUGUUGAAAAAUCGGGCAUAUGAUAGAAACAUGAACUCCCCUACUCGUAGAACUGUUGAGUCAGAACCUGUUGUAGAAACCUUGGUACAAGCUAAUGCUAGAACUGCGGUUCGUCCAGCUGGAACAUUUGAGGCUAAUGUAGUAAAAACUGAGGUUGUAAGGCAGAAUCUGCGGUCUAUUGAGUUGUCAACUAAGGAAUUACUUGAGCUAAAACCAAUGAAAUGUGAACCGAUUCAAGAAAUAUCCAUGACAUCAGAUGUGAGUGGUGGGGACUUAUCUACUCCGUCUGAUAUUGCUGCAAAAAAUUCUCUAGAUCAGGCAAAUGCUGAUAUUGCUGCUAAAGAAUGUCAUGGUUUUGACUAUAACUUUGAUAGUCCUCAUACUUUUGCGGGACGUGUCAGAGAGGACGAUGUAUAUGAAGACGGUGAGAUCCGAGAACCAAUGAUGCAGUCGAUUGCAGAAGACCUAAUUGCUGAUGAGCAGAGACCUAUUGCCGCUAUUUACCAAGGAUCAGUUGAUCAAUUAGGAAUAGCAGAUGUGCAGGAGGGAUGUGAAAAGGAUGUCUUAUGUGUCGGGCCAUCUGCUGGGAGCAGAGGAGCUGUCAGGAAUGAUGGCGAGGCUAAUAACGAGUAUAUUGGAAGAUCUGAUAUGUCACCAAUAGCCCUUUCAUCUUUGCAAAAUGCUGAAACACCUGCUUACCUCAGGUAUUGGUAUAUGGAGGAAGAGGAAUUCCAUCUACAAAGGAAUAGAGAUGAAAGAGAGAACAUCCAGGAUGUGCGAGAUAGGUUCCAGGACCGUUCAUUUGGUAGCUCAAGGGGGAACUUCAUGCGUGGAAGAGGGAGGGGCAGGGGCUGGGGCCGUGGCGGUGGUUGGUUUCACAGAUUAGGUAGAGAUUGGUAUUCUGGGCGUGAUUUUGAAAGCUAUCGAGGUGUAGCUGAUUAUCGCUUUAGACAUAAUCGUACAGCUGCUGUUUGGAAAUCUGCAAAUGAACGUAAUGACUAUGAUGCGUUGCAUUCAUUUAGACAUCCAACUGCACCUCCUGUUAGAUCCCGUACUUGGUCCCCUCCUUGGAUGAGAUGGACAGAAAGAUUCAAUGGUCAUCAAGAUUCAUCUCAGUGCGGGUCUCGGGUUAUGUACAGAGAAGAUAGAAUUAGGUCUUCUCCACGAACUUCUUUUACUGAAGAAGCAAUAGCUCCUCAAAGGCGUGAUUCUAGCUCUCCAUCUUAUACUGCUUGUUGUCUGAAUGAUAUGAGUGAUGUGGAUGUUGUACAAGAGCAUGGGCAUCCGAGGUUUCUUUCUAGCAGAAGAAGUCCACCUGAUCAGGUAUUUACUAGAACUAAUAGGCUGAGAGUUGAGAAUUUAGAUCAUCAGGAGAGGGCUGAUGGUAGAUUUUCCGAGCUUCACAGUGGUGAAAGUACUGACAAAAAGGAAGCAUCGCGAAGGGAGAGGAGAAGCUACGCAAAUGAAAAAUGUCGAAGCUGA